CGGAUUUGAAAAGCAGCCGCGGCGGCGGCGGUUGGGCCGCGCGGGGCGCGAGGAGCGGGCUGCGGGAUGGAACUGACCUCAGAUGAUGAGAAAUCGUUCAGACCAUCCUAUAUUGUUAGUGUUGAGCCGCCUCCAAGAGCGGGACCAGUAAGUGUGGAAGAUAUUAAGGCAGAUCUCUCUGCUGAUUUUUCUUCUGUUUCAAGUUCAGACACAAGCCAGGGGAGCAGCUUGGAGUAUAAGGGACACAUACAAGUUUGCUUGCGUAUUAAGCCACAUACAUCAUCGGAAAGUGAAUAUGAAUUGCAGGACUGCAUUUCACUUGAGGACUCAAAAAGCAUCAUACUGAAGCCCCCUCAAAACUCUUUGGGUCGGCUAAGUGAAAGAACUGCUGGACAGAUGAUGCAGAAGUUCACUUUUUCACAAGUGUUCGGACCAGAAACAACUCAAGAAGAAUUCUUUGAAGGUACCAUGAAGCAACCAGUGCAAGAUUUCUUACAUGGAUAUAAUCGUCUUAUUUUUACGUAUGGUGUUACAAAUGCAGGGAAAACCUACACAUUCCAAGGCACAGAAGAUGAUGUUGGUAUUCUGCCAAGGGCUAUGGACAUGCUGUUUAAAAAUCUUCAAGGAAAGCUUUACACAGCAAUGGAUCUGAAACCCCAUCGAUGUAGAGACUACAUAAAGCUGACAAAAGACCAAAUGAAAGAAGAAGCUGCUAUUAAAAACUCAAUACUUCGUCUAACAAAAGAGAUAGACCAUCUCCAGCAAAAUAGCACUAACAAAGCACUAGUUCAUUCUGAUGAUUUAGAAGAACUCCUAAAAGACCUGGAUGAAUCUAGCACAACUGUGAAGAAUUACACAAAGUUUUCUGUUUGGGUUUCAUUUUUUGAGAUUUACAAUGAAUGUUUUUAUGAUCUUCUGGUUCCUAUAUCCAAUACCAAGAAAAGAAAAACACUACGCCUUGCUCAAGAUGUUAAGGGAUGUUCUUAUGUAAAAGAUCUGCAAUGGGUUCAGAUUUCUGAUUCUAGAGAAGCUUUUAGACUCUUGAAACUGGGAUUGAAACACCAGAGUAUUGCAAGCACAAAACUAAAUACUUGCUCCAGCAGAAGUCACAGCAUAUUCACAGUUAAGUUACUGAAAAUUGAAGAUUCAGGAGCACCUCGAGUGACCCGAGUCAAUGAACUGUCAAUGUGUGAUCUUGCUGGUUCAGAAAGAUAUACUAAGACUCGCAACGAAGGUGACAGAUUGAAAGAGAGUGGAAAUAUAAACACCUCUCUCCUGAUUCUAGGCAAGUGUAUCAAUGCACUCAAGAACUGUCAACAGUCCAAGUUGCAGCAGCACAUACCCUUUCGGGAAAGUAAACUAACUCAUUUUCUUCAAGGAUUCUUCAGUGGAAAGGGGAAGGUAUAUAUGAUAGUCAAUGUAAGCCAGUGUGCUUCAGCAUAUGAUGAAACGCUCAAUGUGCUGAAAUUCUCAGCCAUUGCACAAAAAGUUUUAGUUAUGGACACAUCUAUUCUUCCCCAUGAUCAGUCAUUUCACCAGAAAUCAUCACUACUUAGUGACACUAAAAUGCCACUCCCAAGGAAAAGACCUACCAUCCUAUGGGACAGGACUUUAGAAGAUGUGAUUGAAGAUGAUGAUGAUGAUAUGGAGGAACAGCAUAAUCUAUCAAGAGAAGAAGCAUCCCAGAAACAUGAAGAAAAUAAAGUUCUUAUUGGAAAAGAAGAUUAUAUGAAACUGCUGACUCUCAUAGAGGACUUGAAGAACAAACUUAUUACUGAAAAGAAGAAUAAGUUACUGCUGGAACUAAAAAUUCGUGAAGAAGUGACACAAGAAUUCACCCAGUAUUUUGCUGAGAGGGAAGUGGAUUUUAAAGAGUGCCUUUCUCAUGAACGAGAACGACUUAAAGAAGAUUCUGAAAGACGUCUGGAAAUUUUCAAGGAACUUGUAAAUGGUUGUACUAACAAUCCACAUGAAGAAAAUAAAUCGAAGGAUCAGCCUUGCAGUGAACAAGUUAAACUUUUGGAUGAAGAAUACAGAAUAGGGCCAGGCACCUACACUGAUCUUGAGGGCAUUAUUGAUUCUUUGCAGAAUGAUGUCAUUGAUAUCAAAAAGCAAGCAGCUGAAGCACACAAAUACAUAGUGUCCCUUGAGGACCCACAGGAAGCUAUAGGUUGGCUUGAAGAACAACUGGGAAAAAUUACUGCUGAACUAACUAAGACCAAAGAAGAGCUGACAAAGAAAACCAAUGAACUAAUCAAAACUGAAGAAGAGUUGACACAGAAAACCAAAGACUUUGAAAUGCAGAUGAUUCAAUUGGAUGAGUCUGCUGAACAGCUUAAAGAAGCAACCAAGAAAAUGAAUACACAGAAUAAAAGGAUUCAAGAAUUAAUGGACAUUGUGGAGCAAAAAGAUGAUGUUAUUACAAGACUACAAGAUUUGAUAUCCUGUUUAGAAGAAACAAUAAAAGACUAUGAAAACACUGUGUCUACCAUCAAAAGAGAAUUGGCAGGAAAGAUACCUAGUGACAUGAUCAAAAACGGCCAAUUCAAGGCUUGUGAGGAUAUUGUAUUGGAAGUUGGAAGAAAACGUUGCUUUGAAAAUGAGCCUACUGUGGAAGAGCCACCUACAAAGAAAGGAGAUAUGAAGGACAGUUGGGAAGAUGACUCUCUAAUGCAAAAAAGAACUGAAUACCUGAAAACAAAUACUUCUGAUAACUAUGCAGAAGUACUAGCACUGAAGAAAAGAACUGAAACCUUGGAAAGUCAGCUAACUGCACUUGAGGAGCAAUGCAGAAGAGAAAAAAAUGAAAAAGAAAAGUUCUGUGGGCAGAUAACAGACUUGCAUCUCAAGCUCUCUGCUUCUGAGGAAAGGGCUUCUAGCUUAAGUGAAGAGCUUCAGCAAUGUCAAGCUGACUAUCAGGAGAUUAUUUCUGAAUUAAACAAACAGAAAACUAUAAAUAGGGAACAAGAGGAAAAGAUAAUUCAGCUAAAUAAUGAAGUAGAAGGUGCCAAACAAAAUAUAAUUGAUAAAGUGUCACAAAUUAAAACAAUGCAUUCCAAAGUAGAUGAGUUGUAUAAAUGCCACUUAGAAUCUUAUGCUAUGGAUAUUGAUUUAGUUAAACUUAAGGAUUCACUUGACCCUCAGAAUGAUAAACCAGAGAGAGCUCAAAUGAGUCCUGUAUGCAUGCAAUCCCAAACUGCCUCUAUAGCAGAUCUGAGACAAGAGAGCUCCUUUCACUGCAGUGUUGAAAGCAUUUGGGAAGAAUGCAAAAAUAUCAUUAAGGCUUCUUCACAGAAAAGUCAACGGAUUCAAGAACUACUUCAACAAGUUGAAGACUUAAAGAAGGGGCUUGAUGGCUCUGAGAACUAUAAUAAUCAACUAAAAAUAAAAUUAAAUGAGAUUGCAAAUGAAGAUUGUCAGUCUGUAAAGGAAAAAGAUCUUGCGAUUAAUCAGUUACAAGAGCAAAUCCGGAAGAAAACUCAGGAUUUUGAAAAACAGGCUGCAGAAGAUCACAGAGUAAUUGCUGAGUUUGAGGAGGAAAUAACCAGCUACAAGGGAAAAAUAAGAGAGCUUGAAUGCCUCUUGGAGGCUUUUAGAGCUAAAGAUGACAGCGUAACAGAGCUAGAAGUUGUACUUAAAGAAAAAGAAUCUAUUAUUUUAAAACUAGAAAGUAAUACAGUAGCUCUGCAAGAAAAAUGUAUCCGUUCGGACAAAAAAAUGAAAGAAUUAAGUGACCAAGAAGCAAACCUGAAGGAGGAAGUUGUGCAUUUGGUUAACAGCUUGGAAAACAUGAAGUGCUGUAUUCAGGAAAAUGAGAAAAAAGAGGAGGAGCAAAUGCAAUCUAUAGAAUUGCUACGUAAAGAUCUGUCUGAGAGUUGUGCCCUUGUACAGAGUUUGAAAAAAGAUUUGCAGAGGAAAGAGGAAGAAUAUACCGAUUUGAAAGACAAAUUUUCUGAUGCCAAGAAACAAAUUCAGCAAGUACAAAAAGAGGUGUGUACAGUGCAAUCUGAGGAAAAAUUCCUGAGGAACAAAGUUGAUGAACUUGAGAAAAUUAAAAAUCAGCUUAACGAAGAACUGGAGAUCAAGCAGCGCACAAUCCUGCAACUUAAAAAGGAACUGUUGAAUAAUGAGAAGCUGGAAGAAAUCUCGAAACAGUAUGAGAAAACACAUAAAGAUCUGCGUGCAAAGGAAAGAAUAAUUGAAGAUAUGCGGAUGACAUUAGAAGAGCAAGAACAGACUCAAAUUGAACAAGAUCAAGUGCUUGAAGCAAAGUUAGAAGAGACCAACAGAUUAGUUUUGGAACUGGAGGCAUGGAAACAGAAAUACGAAGAACUAAAUAAACAGGCUGAUAGUGACUGGCAGCAAAAGAUGAACAAAAAUGAGGAGAAGAACAUAAAUGAAAAUGAGGAAAUAAUGAAGUUGCGAAAAGAACUGGAGGAAAAUGAGGCAAAGUAUCAAGUUGAUAGAAAGAAGUGGCUGGAGGAAAAAACAGGUCUUAUACAUCAAGUAAAAGAAGCUGAGAGCCAUCGCAACAGAGAAAUGAGAAAAUUUGUGGAGGACAGAGAGCGUCAUGUAAAGCAACAAGAAGAAAUUGUAAGUAUCUGGACACUUCUGCAGACUGCUCUUAGUGAAAGGCUUGGUGCACAGCUGGUGGAAAAGGACAGUGACCUUCAUAAGUGGCGUGAAGAAAGAGAUAAAUUAGUAGAAGCUUUGGAAGUACAGCUCAGGACUUUGGCUUCUAACACCAUACAAAAAGAUAAAGAAAUAGCAGAACUGAAACAGGCUAUGCUAGAGAACUCAGAAAAGGAUAAGGAAACUGAUAUUGAAGAGCUAAGAAAACAGCUGGCUGAGAAAGACAACUUAAUAAAGGAAUUGAAACAACACAUUAACCAAGAAAGUCUUCAUUCUUUGGCAGAAGUACCUGAAGAGCAAGAUAAAAUAGAUCAGCCUAUAAACAAAGAGGACCAUUCAGAGAUUGUCCUCGACUCCUUUGAAGUGUCUACAGAAAAUGGAAAAAGUAGUCGGUUCCCAAAACCAGAAAUGGAAAUCCAGUUCACACCUCUACAACCCAAUAAAAUGGAGGUGAGGCACCAGGGCAGUACCUCACCAGUCACAGUUAAAAUACUCAAGCAAAGAAAGAAAAGGAAGAGUGAAGAGAUGGAUGAGGAUUUUGUGAAAACUGAGAACAAGAAAAACACAAAAGCUGCUAUAAUUAAUUCUCCAUCUACAAGCAACAGAAAAAUGAUGUCUAAUACACAGUCUUUUAGAAAAGAAUACUUCUUAAGAAAGCAAGAUUCUACUUCAAGUAAAAAAUCAGCUAGAAAGAAAGAUGGAAAGCUACAAAAAAUUGGAGAUUUUUUCCAGAGUUCUCCUACUAUUAUUCACUCUAAAGCAAAGAAGCUGCUUGCAACCAUAAGUUCUCCCAAGUCUGCAGAACCAGAAAGUGUCAAAGAAAAUGAGCUGAAGCCAAAACGAGCUAAGAGAAAACUGUAUUCAACUGAUAUUUCUUGCCCUCUAGAUAUCCCUGCUUCUUCAAUCUUCAUAGAACAAAAAGAGAAGGAAAGUGAUCAUCUAAUCAUCAAGCGACGGUUACGAUCAAAACCAGCUAAAUAAUCUUGCAAAAGCGUGUUUGUAUUUCCUAGUUAGGGCAUACUUGAAUUUUGUUUUUUCAGCUGAUUGUAUAUAAGAAGUAAUAGAUACUCAGUCAUGUUCCAAAUUUUGUAUAUAGAUGUAAAGAAUUGUUCUAAUGGCUUCUGGUUCAAGUCUAUUAAACA